AUGCAGCUGAGAUAUUCAAGGGUGUCGCUUGGAUCGCCCUUAAUGUGGGUGAGUACUGGACUUGAGGCCACAGAGAGGAUCAUAGACGAUUUGGACUGUACCCCCGAGCAGAAGCUAAAGGGUGCAGUGAAGUAUGUAGGCGUCAAUUAUGUGGAUACUUGUAGGAGAGAGUUCUUGAGUUUGACCCAGGGUGAUAGAUCAGUGGCCAAGUAUGAGGCCGAAUUUAUGCGACUGAGCAGCUAUGCGAGAGGUAUGGUGGCGACUGAGUAUGAGCGAUGUGUUCGCUUCAAGGAUGGCCUAAAGGAUAAUCUGAAGGUUUUGAUAGCUCCAAAGAGAGAGCAGCAUUUUGUUGCAAUGAUUGAUAAGGUGAAGAUCGCCGAAGAAGUGAAGCACGUGGAGCGCCAGAACAGAGAAAGAGGUAGGAAUAAGAGGGAAUCAGAGCCCUCAAAUUCCGUUCAGAUGCUUAAGAAAAAGGCUAGAGUUGAUAGGCCGAUCAAGUUUGGGGUUCCUAUAGCCGCUACUGGACAGCCGCCUUGUACUGACUGUGGUAGACUCCAUCAGGGCGAGUGUUGGAAAAAAACUGGGGCUUAUUUGAGGUGCUGUUCAUUAGAGCACCGUAUUAGGAAUUGUCCGCGGAGAGGUAGUAAUGGAUUGGGUUGUGGUCAGAGAGCACUGGACAGAGGUGUAGGUCAGGCUGAGGCGAGGCAGCCGGCUCUAUUUUAUGCUACCUAUUGUCGUGAGGAGGUAGAUACUCCAGAUGUCAUCACGGGUACAUUUCUUGUUUAUGAUGUACCAUAUACUGCAUUGAUAGAUAUAGGAUCCACUCACUCUUAUAUAGUCUGUACUGUGUCCGAGAAUUUGGGUACCUUGGCUGAGAGCACUACGAGUGAGGUGACUGUACUAAGUCCGUUGGGGCAAUCAGUAAGGGUAAAUAGAAUGUUUAGGGAUGUCCCUCUAGAGGUUCAAGGGACUAUCUUUCUGUUUGAUCUGAUGGAACUGCCUUUUGGAGAGUUUGAUGUGAUAUUGGGAAUAGACUAG